UUCACUGUUUCAUUCUGUUGUCGGAAGAAAGGCGACCGUCCACCCUACAACCAUGUCUAACGCUGGAAAUGAAGGCAGUGGAGGAAGUGUUGCUAAGGACAGCACGGCAGCAGACAGGGCAGAGCAUGGUGAGAACCUUACGGAGACCGAUGCCUUCAUCAGAAGCAGCAGUGUCUCCUUGGAUCCUGCAGAGGAGUACAAGAUGGACAACAAGCGGCGAGGUCUAGCACUCAUCUUUAACCAAGAGUACUUCUUCUGGCGCCUGGGAAUGAACACUAGGCAUGGGACCAACGCGGACCGCAGCAACUUAGAGAGAAGGUUUCAGGACCUGAACUUUGAGGUGCACACUUACGAUAAUCUCAAACAGGAGGAGAUCUUAAGUAAAAUCAGUCAAGCUGCCGAAGUCAACCACACAGAUGCAGACUGCUUUGUGUGUGUCUUCCUGAGUCAUGGUGAGAAUGAUUAUGUUUAUGCUCACGAUGGCAAGAUCAAGAUCCAGACUAUCACAUCCCUGUUCAAAGGAGACAAGUGCAGGAGCCUUGUUGGAAAGCCCAAGAUCUUCAUACUACAGGCUUGCCGUGGAGACAAACAUGAUGAACCGGUGACGGCCAUGGAUGUCGUGGACAGUGAGGUGCAUACAAACCAGGUGGUGGUGGACGCUGGGGUUGUCCACACCCUCCCUGCCGGGGCAGACUUCAUCAUGUGCUACUCGGUGGCUGAGGGUUACUACUCCCACCGGGAAACCAUCAAUGGUUCGUGGUAUAUUCAGGAUCUGUGCGAGACACUCAGGAUGUAUGGGGAUUCCCUUGAAUUCACAGAGGUACUCACGCUGGUCAACAGGAAGGUGUCGAUGAGGAGUGUUGGAAAUUGUAACGACCGAAGUGCCAUUGGGAAAAAGCAAGUACCUUGCUUUGCAUCAAUGCUCACCAAAAAACUCUACUUCCGACCAAAAAAGUAAUAGUUUCAGUCCUUGUUCAUUUGAUAAGCCCUUUUGUUUCAUAUAUUUGUGUCGAUCAAAGGGGUCCAAUGACUACAUUUUCUCAUUUUAAGGUUUGACAGUUGUCCUUGCUGUUUUUGUCCAGUCCUAAAUUGUAGGUUGCUCAUCAAAAUUACCACUACUUACAUAUACAUUAUAUAUUCAGCUAUCUAAUUGGCUGCCAUAUCAUUUUUAAUUAAAUAUCAGUGCAGAUAAAUACAGAAAUAUAUUUUGCACUUCUAAAUAUGAAAAUUGUUUUUAAAAAUUACUGUUGACUGCAUUUUUGGUGGUGACUUCUCAAAGCCUUAGUGAGUCUCAAAGAAUUUUACUUCCUUGUCAAACCUGUUUUUUUUUUUUGUUUGUUUGUUUUUGGUUUUUUUUAAGAUAAUGUACUACAAAAAUGCUGCAGGGCUGGUUACAUCAAAACAUGACAACCAAGUAAUCAUUAUUCAAAUGUUGUUUUUUCUUUGUAAUGUCUGCCUCUUUCACUACACCAGUGCACAAUAAUCUCAUGGGAGAAUGUCACCUCUUUAUAAGUUAAUCAGCACCAAUGAGCAAAUUAGAUCUCUCACAAUGGACUGUGAAGACGGCACACUGCUGUUUGUCUUCAAGCUUGCUCCUUCUAAAAGGGAAUUUAUGUUUGUGUUUUGUUCUCUGUGAUGUAUCAGUUUUCAGUACAAAACACAAUAAUGUGUAUUUGCCCCCUAAGCAGGAGCAAACGAUCUCAGGGAGGAGGGUGUCUCUUUCACAACAUGUAGGGCUAAACACUGCAAGCUGUGCCACAUGAUCCCUGACUCAGGAAAGGCAAAGUGACCAGUGUAGACAGCACACUAUGUCCUUCUGGUCAUGCUGUUGUGCCUUUGUUU